GUGAGGGGCGAGAUAUAGUGGCCGACGUCUCGUAACCAAUCACACCGCCUGGCGGGUCUUGAGUUGUUGUUGUGCUGACCUGUCACACUUCUGUAAAAGAUUAUAACGUUGCAACAGCAUGGCGUCCUUUGUGACUGAAGUACUCGCCAGUUCUGGCAAACUGGAGAAAGAGGACCUGUCCAGUAAAAUAAGCAAAAUGUCGCGCAAAGUGGAAGAUACUAAGGAAGAAGUAUGUGACAUGAUAAAUAAGAGGUAUGGUGACUUCCUACCUAGUCUUCAAGGAUCUGAGGAGCUAAUGGUACAGGUUGAUGAGGUCUCCAAAGAAAUGGAUGUCCUUAAAAAUUGCAUUGAGAAUGAGGUGCAGCAGAAUAUUCACGUGGCUGUGGCUGAGUACGCAAAGCUGAAGCAGCAGCUGGAGAAAAAUACUAUGGUCAUAACAAUGCUAGGACACCUAAAAGAGUUUCACAAUGCAAUGGAGGAGUUCAGCAAAGCUUUACUGGAGAAGAAGUAUGUCGAAGCCGCCAACCAGCUGGAAAAGGCAAGAGCCAGUGUGGAUUCAUUGAAGGGCUGGAAGACUUCCCAGCUGCUGCUGCUCAGUACUCUCAGUUCUGAGCUGACAGUGCAGAGAGAAAACUUAAUUUACCACAUGGGAGAUGAAUGGAAGCGCCUCGUCAUCUGGAGAUUACCAUCCUCAAAGGAGCCUGCAGGUCUGAAGUCCUUCCUGAAGGUGGAGCUGAACCUGAGCCAUUCUUGCAGUAAGGACAGCGAACAAAAACCACCUGCUUUGCUGUGCUGCGUCCUGCAAGCUCUGGCCAUCCAGGGAGGCCUUCAGCACAAGAUCAAACUCUUCAGUCAAGUACUGUUGAAGAACAUGUUAAAGCCGUUGGUGGUGUACCCGUCACUGUCAGUGAGGGUAACAGAGCAGCAGGAUGAGGGAACCAUCCUGGCCUUACAGUGUUUGGAGGAGAGCCACGAGGAGCGAUCCACACCUUCACAGGUCUACAGCAAACUGCUCCUGGUGCUCAAGACACUGCACUCACACCUGCUAGAUGUGUCCAUUGGUGAUAAAAAGCUCUCAGCCAUCCUGGGGGAGCUGAUUUGGGAGGAAAUAUCCCAGUGCAUCAUCCAUGAGUGUCUGGUCUAUUCCAUCCCCACCAACAGCAGUCAGCUGGAGAAAUAUAACACUGUGAUCAAGGAAACUGAGGAGUUUGAGAAGUCUCUGAAGGAGAUGGAGUAUCUGCAGGGUGAUUCCACAGACCUGCUCAAAUAUGCCAGGGAUGUCAACUGUCACUUUGCCAGCAAGAAGUGCAAGGAUGUUAUUGUGGCAGCCCGCAAACUCAUGACCUCCAAGAUGCACAACACUGUCAAAAUUACACCAGACUCCAAGCUGUGUCUCCCCAAGCUGCCUGCUCCAAGUUCAGAGGUAAAGGUGAAGCAAGAUACAACAAAGGAGGAGAUGACAAUGGAGAACGCAAAGCAGCUGUCUGCUUGGAGUCUGCGUCUACCACCGUGUCGCAUCAGUGAGUCAGUGCAGCAGCUGAUGGAGCUGACAGUCAACACCCUGUGUGAGGCCGUUGGAAGCUCCACACAAUGUGCAUUACAACUAUUCUUCACCGUGAGAAACAUUUUCCAACUGUUCUAUGAUGUUGUACCAACAUAUCACAAGGAGAACCUGCUCAAGUUCCCUCACCUAGCUGCCAUUCAGCACAACAACUGCAUGUACCUGGCCCACCACCUUCUCACCCUGGGCCACCAUUUCAGAGCCCACUUGCCACAGCCCCUCAGCGAGGGUGUUGCAACAUUUGUUGACAUGGUGCCCGGAUUCAGGAAACUGGGUUCCCAGUGCUUCUUAGCACAGCUGAAUGUCCAGAGAGCUGAAUUGUUGGAGAGACUUUCCACUGCUCACAACUUCUCCAACCUGGAUGACGAAGAUAAUUACAUUGCAGCUAGCAAAGCAGUAAGACAGGUCAUUCAUCAGUUGAAACAAUUGGGUACAGUAUGGCAGGACGUCCUACCAGUCAGCAUCUAUUGUAAAGCCAUGGGCAACCUCCUCAACAUCGCCAUCACAGAAAUCAUUGCCAAAAUCAUGAUGCUGGAGGAUAUUUCCUCUGAGGAUGGGGAGCACCUACACACUCUGUGCCAGACCAUCAUUGAGGAAGGUCCUCUGGUCUUCAUCCCUAUGGCUGAGGAAAACAAGAACAGGAAAUAUCAGGAGGAGGUGCCUCUUUUUGUGAAGAAGUGGAGUACCUUCAAGGAGCUGGUUAUCGUGCUGCGGGCCAACCUGCAGGAGAUUGUCGACAGGUGGGCUGACGGUAAAGGUCCGUUGGCGUUGGAGCUCUCCAGUUCGGAGGUGAAGAAUCUGAUCCGAGCUUUGUUUCAGAACACAGAGAGGAGAGCUGUUGCUCUGACCAAAAUCAAAUAGAUACUUGGAGCUAAUGACCACCAAGAAGAUAUUACAGCACUUUUUCCUCUGAGUCAUGUCUUUAUUCAUUUGCAUUUUCGGUUAUGUCCAUUAAAUAUAUACACUUAUAUGUAUGUAGAUUGAACAGUUUGUCACAGAGAAAUGGUCGCCCUCUCUGGGUGUAUAAACUGGUUGUAACCAAUCUGUGGGAUAUGUUCCUUCUCAGUGUUCAGACUGCGAUUAGUCCUUACAGAGAUUACAUGAAGGAUUUUUAACAUCAGGAUCCCGCAGACUCAGUCGCAUAGCUUUGGGGGUUUUCCAUGAAGCCAACUGAGAUUGUGUAACCAGUGGCUAGCCAUCUGUUGACAUGUGAUGUCAUAUCCAGGGUUAACUUUAGUGUCACUUGUUGGUCCAGCUUCAUUCGUGGUGUGUUUCAGAGGUCUCCGCUUUUCAGUACUGAUGUCAUCUCAGAAGAGAGUUUGUUGAGUUAAGUUUGUUCAAACCUCAAUGCCUUUAAAUGAACAUUUAGUUCUGACAAAGACACCCUGGUCAUUGCAUCUUUUGUCAAAAACUUUCUUGUGCAAGCCAUUAAACUGAACUCUUCUAUAAUGUAUUUAUUGUUUGUCCAAAUAAACCAAAAGACUCAAAUUUUUA